GGGCGUGGCAGCCUCCUCCCCCACGAACGGACGCUUCUACAGCCUCUGCCAGGAGCAAAACCCUCUGGGUGCCCUGGAGCACGGUGGUACUCGGAGCCUCCGGAGCCCGCCGAGGAGCCAGCAUGGUGGAGUUUGCGCCCUGGUCCGUGCCCUGGGAGCGCAGGCUGCAGACCCUCUCCGUCCUGCAGUGGGUCUUCAGCUUCUUGGCCUUGGCUCAGACCUGCGUUAUAGUCUUCAUAGGCCUCCUGUUCACCAGAUUCUGGUUCCUCAGUGUCCUGUAUGCAACGUGGUGGUACCUGGACCGAGAGAAGCCAUGGCAGGGCGGCAGGCGCGUCGAGUUCCUGAGACGCUCCGUCGUGUGGAGGUACAUGAAGGACUAUUUCCCCGUCUCGCUGGUCAAGACCGCUGAGCUGGACCCCUCCCGGAACUACCUCGCGGGCUUCCACCCCCACGGGGUCCUGGCCGCCGGAAUCUUCGUCAACUUGUGCACUGAGGCCACGGGCUUCUCGAAGCUCUUCCCCGGCAUCCGCCCCCACCUGAUGAUGCUGAACCUGUGGUUCCGCUUCCCCUUCUUCAGGGACUACCUCAUGACUGGGGGGCUGGUUACAUCGGACAAGGAGUGCGCGGCUCACAUCCUGAACAGGAAGGGCGGGGGCAACCUGCUGGGCAUCAUCGUGGGGGGCGCCCAGGAGGCACUGAACGCCAGGCCCGGGGCCUACAAGCUGCUGCUGAGGAACCGCAAGGGCUUCGCCAAGCUCGCCCUGAUGCACGGGGUACCUCUGGUGCCAGUCUUCUCCUUUGGGGAGAACGAACUCUUUGACCAAGUUGAGAACUCUCCUGGCUCCUGGCUGCGUUGGACCCAGAACCAGCUGCAGAAGGUCAUGGGCAUUUCCCUCCCACUCUUCCACGGCCGUGGCAUCUUCCAGUACAGCUUUGGCCUUUUGCCCUACCGCCGGCCCAUCGCCACCGUGGUGGGGAAGCCCAUCGAGGUGCAGAAGACCCCGCAGCCCUCGCAGGAGGAGGUGGACAAGCUGCACCAGCACUACAUCGACGAGCUGUGCAACCUCUUCGAAGCCCACAAGCUCAAGUACAACGUCCCCGAGGACCAGCACCUGGAGUUCUGCUGAGCGCCUCCCCGGAGGAACGGGAUGCUCCCAGGGGCAGGGCUGGCCUGAGGGAGCCCCGUGGGAGGCGCUAUGAUCUGAGAAGGCUUCCUGGAAGCAUCAUCCCUGAAACACCACCUCCAGAGUCUUCCUAGCCUCCUGCACAUCCAACCCCAAGUCACAGCUGACGACGUGGAGGGGCGACCAGACUCACCCUGGGACACCUGUGCAGGUUCUCCAUCUCCUUGGUCUGCUCCGCCGGGAGAUGGGAGAGAGGGCUGGAAGAGAACGGUUUGUGUCCUCUGUUGUAGCGGCACUCAUUGGACAAAGAAGAGAGAGCAGCGACCGGUUAUCAGGUUUUCCUUCCUCUGCCUUGAAUGACAGUGAAAAGGAAGCCGCCAGCUCCAGCCCUUUCUCCUAGCUCCCUCACCUUACACCCUGGACAUCCCAGCUCCUCCCUCCUGAGCUGGGUGAGCAGAGCUGUGCUCUGCCACUGGUGGUGUGGUGACAGGCAGGCCUUCUCACCCUCCCUCUGAGCCUCGGUUUCCCUGACCGAGUAAGAUGGCCUACGGGUCUCAGCUCUGACAUCACACAGGCUGAGAGCUCCCCGAGGUACCUCUUACUUGUCCUUUGUAACGUCAGCCCCUUUGUCUGAGCACAAAGAAGGGGGCUCCAUGAACUUUCAUUCAAUAAAUGAAAGGGUUUUAUGUUA